AUGGCGAAAGUAAAAGUUGCAGGGGCGUGGGUGGGCGUGCUUGAAGUCGAAUUGGACAAAUGGAACGUAUCCAUGCUGAGACAAGAGGUUGCAAAGAGAUCGAACAGCGAUCCAAACUUGAUCAAUCUGAUCUGCGCAGGCAGAGUGUUGAAGGAUGGAGAUGGGAGUGAGAAUCUGACCCAAGUAGGUAUGAAGAGCAACUCCAAGGUUCUUGCUAGUAGGGUUUCUGCUCAGGAGGGCAAGUCUUUGGGUGAGGAGCUGAUGGCUGAAAGCGAACGCUCUCGGAGAUUGGCUCGGAUCAAGGCAGCAGCGACUGCAAUGGCCAAGAGACAUGCAGAUGGUUCUUUGCCAGUUGAAAACUUCAAUAUAGAACUUGAAGAUCAAAGCGGGAAGAAAGUAAAGAUGGGAACGGAGACUGAUCAGCAGGCAAUCAUGAUGGGUCUGAUGCUUCAUACAGAUGCAAAGAAACUGAUUAAAGAACAGAAUUACAAAGAUGCAUUGGAGGUGUUGAGCAUGGGAGAGGAGGCUUUCUCUCUUUGUGACCCCAGUGUUAUUGAGCUGGUGGACAAUCCUUCUAUACUGCAAAUCGACAUGGUUUGGUGUUAUUUCAUGCUCAAAGACAUCAAUUGCCUCUCGGUUGCGGGCCUUCGGCUUGAGAAGGCUAGAGAAGGACUCGAACGAGCUUAUGGGAAGAAUGCUUCUCGUAUGAGACUGCUUCAGGCUGGUAGGUAUCCGGAGCGUGCACUACAUUUGAGACUGGAGCUACUUGAAGGGGUAGUGGCUUAUCAUAGUGGUCAGGUUGAUUUAUCUAGGAAGGUGCUGAUUUCUGCCCAAGAAAAGUUUAGGCUACUACAAGUGUCGGAUGAAUCUCUUUCACUUGUGAUGAGCAUGGGGUUUAAAGAACUAGAUGCAAAGAGGGCAUUGCGGAUGAGCAAUCAAGAUGUUUCUAGUGCUGUUGAUUUUCUGGUUGAGCAAAAGGCAAAGAGAGACCAACAACGCGAAGAUGAUAUCCGACGGGAACAGGAAAUUAUGGAGCAAAGGACGUAUGGUGUGACACCCUUGAAGAAAGCUGUGGAUCUGGAGAGAUUGAAUGAGUUGGUCUCCACUGGGUUCGAAAAGGAGCUUGCUGCUGAAGCGCUUAGAAGAAAUGAGAAUGACAGUGAGAAGGCAUUACUUGAUUUGACAAAUCCAGAAGCUAAUUCUACCAUACAGGAACAACUUGCAUCAAGGAAAAGGAAACGUCAGCGCCGAGCAGUAGAUGCUUCAGUUGAAGCACUUGUAGGCAUGGGAUUUGAAAGAUCAUUAGUGAAUGAAGCUUUGCAGGCUGGAGGGACAAUGGAGGAAGUAAUCCGUUCAUUACUCUCAGGACAAGCAUUGAAUCCGACAAAUGGUGUUACCCAAUCUGAAGCAAUCUCCACAGCUUCUGCUGACAACAAUGGCCAAACUGAUGCUGCUAGUGACAUUGCGAAUUCUCUUACUUCAAUGCUUGAGAAUCAAAAUGGUCAAGCCGGAGGUUCUAGACAUGCAUCAGAGCCUGGAGGUUCUAGUCGUGCAUCAGAGCGUGAUUCAGAAAUGGAGAAUGAACUUGCUGAAGAACUAGCACAACAAGACGCUCUCUCUGACUAUGACCUUGAAGUUACCAAAGAAGGUGAAGCCAUAGGCGAGUACUUGGCUCUUCUGGAUUCAGCACAGUGA